AUUAUGACAUCAACAUCCAAAGGAAUUUUCCGGCCAUUUUUAAUUAUCUUCAUUGUGUUGGGUUGUUUCAUGGCAUUUUUACUUAUUUACAUCAAACCAACAAACAGCUGGAUCUCUGGUCCCAUAGAAUCAGCCAGCUCAGUUCUGAAAAUGAAGAGCUUCUUUUCUACCAAAAGUGAUUAUUUUAAUGAAACAACAAUACUGAUCUGGGUUUGGCCAUUUGGGCAGACAUUUGAUCUUACAUCCUGCCAAACAAUGUUCAACAUCCAGGGGUGCCAUCUAACUAUUGACCGCUCACUAUAUAACCGAUCUCAUGCCGUCCUUAUUCACCACAGAGACAUCAGCUGGGAUCUCACUAAUUUACCUCAGCAAGCUAGGCCACCAUUCCAGAAGUGGAUUUGGAUGAACUUGGAGUCUCCAACUCACACUCCGCAAAAGAGUGGCAUUGAACACCUGUUCAACCUGACCCUGACUUAUCGGCGUGAUUCAGAUAUUCAAGUGCCUUAUGGCUUCAUGAAGGUUAGCACAAGCCCCUUUGCAUUUGAAGUGCCGAGCAAAGAGAAGUUGGUAUGUUGGGUUGUAAGUAACUGGAACCCCGAGCAUGCUCGAGUCAAGUAUUAUAAUGAGCUAAGCAAAUAUACUGAAAUCCAUACCUAUGGGCAAGCAUUUGGAGACUAUGUGAAUGAUAAAAACUUGAUUCCAACUAUCUCCACUUGUAAAUUUUACCUGUCCUUUGAAAACUCAAUCCACAAAGAUUACAUUACUGAAAAACUUUACAAUGCUCUUCUGGCUGGAUCUGUACCAGUUGUAUUGGGCCCAUCCAGAGAAAACUAUGAGAAUUAUAUUCCAGCAGAUUCUUUCAUUCAUGUGGAAGAUUUCCUCUCCCCAAGAGAGCUAGCAGAGUAUCUUCUGAUGCUUGACAAAAAUAAUAAGCUGUACCUUAGCUACUUUAACUGGAGGAAAGACUUCUCAGUGCAUCUUCCUCGGUUCUGGGAAUCACAUGCAUGCCUUGCUUGUGACCAUGUAAAGAGACACCAGGAGUACAAGUCCAUUGGAAAUUUAGAAAAAUGGUUUUGGAAUUGA